AUGGCGACGGCAGUGCGGUCUGCGGCGAGCCUUGGUGUGGCACGAGCAGUGACAGCAGUACGGUCGGUGGCGAGCUUCGGAGCAGAUGCAUUUCAGGCGGCGAAGGCGGCUACGUCUGCAGCGGCUGUCGGCAUCGCUGCAGCUUCAACAUCCGCUAAGGCUGUGGCUGCCACCGGAGUGGUGAAAGUGGUGAGCUUCGGAGCAGAUGCUGUGCAGGCAGCAAAGACUGCUAGAUCUGCGGUGGCUGUCGACGUUGCCGGAGCUGCAACUUCUGCUAAGGCUGCGGCUGCUGCCGGAGCCGGGAGAGCGGCAUCUGCAGCGACUGUGGGAGUAGAGAUGGCAGCACGAGCCGCCCACUCUGUAGCUUCCGUCAGAGCUACAGAAGCAGCACGGGUGGUACGUUCCACGGCAGGCAUCGGCACAGCAACAGCAGUUCGUGCCGUCAGCUCUGCAGUAGAACUUGGCGCUGCACAAGCGGCACAGGUCUUGGAUGCCGUGCAAAAGCGCAGAACAAACCAACAGUCCCCAAAUGACAAAGAAGCCAACCACCGCAAGGGCCCAUCACCCGACCGAAGUAGCCAUCGAUCGAGCAAGAACUCAAAGAAUAGCUCGUCUCAGCCAAGUCGUGGCCAAAAACGCAAAAGCCCGAAGAGCUCUGGUGCAUCACAGCCCCCCAAAAGUUCAUCUAAGCGUUAA